GUGCGCCGGUGCGCUCCGCUGCCGCGCUCGCCGCCUCUCGUCUCGUCCGCCGCCCGGCUCGGCCCGGCCGCUGCCCCGCCAUGAGCGACAAGGGCGAGCUGGACCUCACCGGCGCCAAGCAGAACACGGGCAUGUGGCUGGUGAAGGUCCCCAAAUACUUGUCACAACAGUGGAGUAAAGCUUCAGGAAGAGGUGAAGUGGGAAAACUAAGGAUUGUCAAAAAUCAAGGAAGAACAGAAGUGUCAUUUACUUUGAAUGAAGAGCUUGCAAGCAUCAGUGAUAUUGGAGGAAAGCCUGCUUCAGUCAGUGCACCAAGGGAACAUCCAUUUCUUCUGCAAAGUGUGGGAGGACAGACCUUAACAGUGUUCACAGAAACUUCAGUAGAAAACCAAUCAGAAGAAAAAUCAGAAAGUGGCAGCACUGAUAAACUUGCCUUGGAAGGAAUAGUGGUGCAACGUGCUGAAUGCAGACCUGCAGCUAGUGAAAAUUAUAUGAAGCUGAAAAGAUUACAGAUAGAAGAAUCUUCUAAACCUGUAAGGUUAUCCCAGCAGCUGGACAAAGCUGUAACCACGAACUAUAAACCAGUGGCUAAUCAUCAGUAUAAUAUUGAAUAUGAGAAGAAGAAGAAAGAAGAUGGGAAAAGAGCUCGAGCUGAUAAACAACAAGUGUUGGACAUGCUUUUUUCAGCCUUUGAGAAACAUCAGUAUUACAACAUUAAAGACCUGGUGGACAUAACCAAACAGCCAGUGAUAUACUUGAAAGAAAUUUUGAGAGAAAUAGGCAUCUACAAUGUGAAGGGGACCCACAAAAACACAUGGGAGCUGAAGCCGGAAUACAGACAUUACCAAGGAGAAGAAAAGAGUGAUUAACAAAAAUAUUUAUGAUGUAAGAGUGAUUGCACUCAGGGAUCUGUGGUGUUCACAGAGAGGACUGAGCACAGUGCAAUUCUGCAAAGAUAAAGUUAAAUUAAAGCAGCUGAUACUUUGUAAUUUUCUGUAGCUUUUUCCCCCAAGUAAUAUUUCUUGUAUGUUUCUAUAUAUGCUUUGUUUUUUGACAGGAAAAGUUUAUAGAAUAAACUUGUAUUAGAUUUAUCUUUACUAGAAA